AUGGCUAGGGCAAAAUUGGUUGGUAACUUAACCAAGAAGAAAGGAGAUGACUCUAUGCUCUGUUUCACUUUUCUCAAAAUUCUUGGUAUUAACAUCAACCCCCGUGCAACGUUAUCUAUGAUUGAUGUUCUUUGGUGUCCUCUGUACUUCAGUUGGAUUAAGUGUAACGUAUACGACAUGGCUAAGGGUCCAUUGGCGGCUUGCGGUGGUAUCUUUCGUGACUCGCAAGCCAAUCACAUUUUGAGCUUUAGUGUCUUUCUUGGGGAAGGCUCUCCGGUGGUGGCGGAAUUUAUGACUACUGUGAUUGCUAUUGAGAAAGCAAAGCAAAUGAAUUGGAAGAAAGUUUGGGUUGAGACAAAUUGUAAGUUGGUUGUUCUAGCUUUUACUAAUUGUAACUUAGUGCCGUGGAAAGUUAAAUCUCGUUGGCAAAAUAUAGGUUUUAAUAGCAAAAUGAUUACUUGA